AAGUUCGCUCUGGCCAAACUCCGGGAUAGUUCGCUGCUGCAGUCGGCCAACUCAAACUCGCCGCUGGUGGGAAAGAUGACAGUGUGACGUUUCAGCAGCAGCCUCCCUGAAUGUCCACGAGUCCCCAUGGAUGACCUGACCCAGGCCCUCUCGGCCAGCUUUGCUGUGUCCAAGGAGCCCAACAGCACAGCCGCCCCCCACCCUCGGCUGGCCCAGUACAAGAGCAAGUACAGCGUGCUGGAGCAGAGCGAGCGACGGCGGCGCUUCCUUGACCUGCAGAAAAGUAAAAGGUUAAACUACGUCAACCAUGCGCGGCGUCUGGCUGAUGGGGACUGGACAGGGGCAGACAGCGAUGGAGAGGAGGACAUGGAGAAAAAAGAGCAGGGGGAAAAGGAGCAAGAUGGCACCACAGAGGAAGAAGAGGGGAUGGAGAUCGAGAGGAGGAAGCUGCCAAAACAUUAUGCAAACCAGCUCAUGCUGUCAGAGUGGCUGGUGGAUGUGCCAUCAGAACUGGACACUGAUUGGCUGAUGGUGGUCUGUCCUGUGGGGAAAAGAUCUCUCAUUGUUGCCUCCAAGGGUUCCACUGCAGCUUACACCAAAAGCGGCUACUGUGUGAACCGUUUCCCCUCCCUGCUGCCUGGUGGGAACAGACACAACUCAGCCAUGGGAAAAGACUACACGAUCCUGGACUGCAUUUACAGCGAGGUGGACAGAACAUACUACAUCCUGGAUGUCAUGUGUUGGAGAGGCCACCCGGUCUACGACUGCCCGACUGAGUUCCGUUUCUUCUGGCUCCAGUCCAAAGUCCAGGAGACGGACGGCCUAUCAGAAAUCGCCAAGCGCAACCCCUUCCGGUUUGUGAGCCUCCAAAGUACAGAGUGCACAGCAGAGCUGAUUCAGAAAGCCCUGGCAGCCGAGUACAACUUCAGCGUGGAUGGUCUCCUCUUCUACCACCGGCAGACUCAUUACACCCCCGGCAGCACCCCUCUGGUGGGCUGGCUUCGCCCCUACAUGGUCUCCGACAUCCUGGGCAUAGAGGUUCCCGUAGGAGCCCUCACAGCCAAGCCUGAGUACGCCAGCCACCAGCUGCAGCAGAUCCUGGAACACAAGAAAACAUCAAGUGAAGUCCGCCCAGCCAACAGAAGCGGAGGUUAUGAGUUAGAGUACCUGUCCACCCCGACCCAGGACGGUGGGGACACUCUAAACUUUUUAAAUCAAAAGCCAAUCAGGGAAGCACACAUGGAGAUCUGAGUGGGAGGCUUAAACGAGAUGCAAAUCACUAACUCCAAGUGGCGGCAGCCCACAUAUGGCUCUUUAGAAUGUCUGCUGAAUGGUGUUGCAGAUCUGACCAAUCGCAGAGCAUGGCUAAUUCUAAUCCGGCACUGCACAGGACGCCCUCAGAGUGCAGAUUAGUAGAGCUCUGCCCUAUAUGUGUUUUUAAAUGGCUAAAAACUCUGUCACCUACAUCAUGUACCUGUUGAACCCCAAAACAGAUCAGUUUCUUUGAGAGUAAUUGCCCAGUAUUCAGCCGCUACAAUAACUCAGUCACGGUGUGUUGCAGUCUGUUACAUAACACCAUGGGCAGGCACAUAUGAUCAAAAAAUAGGACAGGAGGUUUCACAUGAGAGAUACACUGCAAAGUGCAGCAUGGUAAAUGUUGUGGUGAAGCGUUGUUUUACUGCUCUGCACUUUUUGCACUUAAAACACAUCUCACACACCAAACGUCCACGCUGCUAUCAGCUGUUGGCAGGUUUUCUGCAUCAAUCAUUGUUGCUUACUCAACAAAAAAUACUGAAUUUUGGAGCAAACUACGACUUAAAGCAACAGAAAUGAGGGCUGCACACAGUGAUGUGGAAGGUGAGGUGUUGCUGACUGGUCAGACCCUGUGAGCUGCGAUCUUUGAACAGCAGCAGUGACAUGGACUUUUACAGUUUAAUGUUAAAUUGCUUUGAGGAUGUUUUAAAGCGUAUGUUUCUAAAUAAAUUGAUUUUUUUAUUCGCA